AUGAGGGAUCCAUCUGGAGCAAAGGCUAAAGUCGAAACCUUCAAAUUUGUCGUCACUAACUUUAUGCGACCAUGUGACGUCCCACUAAAUCUCUGGCUCGUCGGGGCUAUCAUGCUCAGCUUACCAGCAACCUACGCGGCCGACAGGAUGAAGAAACAAUUGGGCUUCCCAGCAACUCUGUGGUUUGAAAUAUCUCUUCUGGCUCUUGCAUUUAUUUGGAUGGCUGCCGGAACCGUAAUGAUAAACAUGUCUACAACUUGCGAAGUAACCGCCCCGGUACCCUGGUGGACCACGUUUAUCACGGUCUCUCUGUUUUGGUGCGGUUCGAUUGGAGGCGUGUUCUUCCUCUUGUCGAUCGUUCUCAUACCAAUGUUCCUGGCUGGAGGAAGAACCCCCCAGAUCCUCUAA